AUGGCCAGUCCGAGGACACGCCACGCCUUGGCCGAAGUUCGUCGCAGAGACGAAAAUAAUUUCUGCUUUGAGUGUGGGGCUCCGAAUCCACAGUGGGCCAGUGUUACUUACGGCAUCUGGAUAUGCUUGGAGUGCUCUGGAAAGCAUCGCAGUCUCGGAGUGCAUCUCAGCUUUGUGCGUUCCGUGACGAUGGACAAGUGGAAGACGAUUGAGUUGGAGAAGAUGAAAGUAGGUGGCAAUAAGAACGCUCGUCUCUUCUUUGAAUCUCAAUCGGACUAUCGAUCAAGCUGGUCACUCAGUGAGAAGUAUAAUAGCAGAGCUGCCGCCCUCCUCCGUGAUAAAGUUUCAACAGAAGCGGAGGGACGUGCAUGGAGUGAAGAGACUUCUCCUGCUAGAAAAUACCACUCGCCUCUUGGGAUGAAUCGCAGUGUCACCACUACCAGUCUGCCCUCCACCCAACCCCGAACCAUUGCUGGCUCAUCCACUCUGUCUACAGCUCAUUCCGACCUCGAGUCUUGGUUGAAUGAGCCCGAGCAGAAGGCCAGGACAGAGGAUUUUUUUAAUCGCAUGGUGACCGAAAACGCCAGCAGACCAAGUGGCCCUCCACCCAGCCAGGGCGGUCGAUACGAGGGAUUUGGCAACACUCCGAUCUCACAUAAACCCGAGCCUCAGUCCUCUGCGUACGACGAUGCCAUGAAAGUUCUCAUGGACGGCUGGUCCAGCUUCAGCAUGUUCGCCUCGGCAGCCGUGAAGAAGACCAACGAGCUUGCCGCUACGGCCACUGAGAAGACUAAACAGUUGGGGCAAAGCGUCCAAUCAAAGAUUAAAGAGGGCCGCCUGAUAGACACCAUCUCGGAUGGCGUGUCAAAUCUCUCAAGCAAGAUGCAGAGCUACCUGCAGACCCCGAGCGAUGCUACGCGGCCAUCUGCGGGCUCUCACCAGCGUUCGUUUCAGCAACAGCCUCAGUCCUUUGACGAUUCCCCCACUACCGGUGUACCCUCGAAUGCCAAUUACGGUUCUCUCGCUGCUGAUUUGGGUCGAAACGUGAAGAGUUUCGAUGAGAACAUCAACGAUGCUGAUGGAUGGGGAGGUGACUUCUCUAGAGAUAACUGCACUCGUACAGAGGAGACUAAGCAGUCAACGCCAAAGGAGGAGUCAAACGAUUGGUGGAACUCGGACUGGGAUGCCGAUGACGCCGGACGUGGGUGGAGCAAUCUGAGUAGAAAUGUCGGAGGCAAUAGCACUUCAGCUUCAAUGGCGAAUCGGAACAUCUCUGAGACCACCAGCCAUCGUAGCAAAUCCAGCAAAUUAGACUAA